UGGCCAGUGCGUGUACGUAAGUGUCGGACCAGUGGCUUCGGUCCUUCGCCCCUCGAGGACGUACCACCGCCGCCGGCCGAGGACACGAUGAUGAUCCCGAUGAUACGCGCUGCCAUCCUCCUAUCCGUCUUCGUUCAUCUCGAUGCCGUCGCGAACACCAUUACCAAGGCCAAGGAGGAGUGCAGGAAGAGGAUAGCCGAGUGCACGAUGAGCGACGGGGCGAGCACACCGGUAUGCGGCAGCGACGGCGUUACGUAUUCGAGUCAGUGUCGGGUCAUCUCGAAGCAGUGUCAAGGCAUGUCCAUCCUUAUCAAACACACUGGUACCUGUCCAGACACACCGGCGUGCUUCUCCGCGAGGUUGACCGCCAGGCCGGGCGCGCGACCAGUCUGCCGGCCCGACGGCGCUUACGCGCCUGUGCAAUGUCACGAGGAAACCGGGUACUGUUGGUGCGUGACGCCGCAGGGCAAACCGCUGCCCGACACCUCGGUAAGACACCAAAGACCAAGAUGUUUGAAACCCGGUCCCAGAUCUGCUGCUUCCACCAGGAGCGGGCAAGGGAGGCGCUCGCCGAGCUGGAAGCAGCGAAGGCAGUACAACAGUAAGCACAGGAACACCUGCGAUCGCGCCGAGAAGUCCAAGUUCAACGGGAACUUGAUCGAGAACUUCAAGAUCGAAUACAGGCGGACCAACAUCUCCACCGACGGUGACAAGAACGUGGAGAGGGUGUUGUCGUGGAAAUUCGUCGCUCUGGACAAGAACGGGGACGGAUACCUGGACAGGGCGGAGUACAAGGAGCUGAGGAGGCUCGCGAAGAAGGCGGUAAGGCCGAAGAAAUGUGCUCGCACGUUCGCCCGCACGUGCGACCUAAAUCGGGAUUUGAAACUCUCCAGGCAAGAAUGGGGUGCCUGCCUCGCGAACGACUUCACUCUACGUUUGUUCUUGUCGCUGAACCCCGCAGACGAGCGCCCCGAGGUCCCUGAGGCCCAGAGGACCCGGGCCAUGGACCAAGUGUUGAAAGGAAAUUCUGGACCGGUACAUUCGCGACCGACGUUCAACGAUGACCCUGCGGAAACGAAAGAGGACAGCGAUGCGAACGAUUGUUUAACCGACAGAAGAUCGGUAUUGGAAGACGAGAGACAGCAUUCUCAAGAGAAAUUCUAUGUACCUGAAUGCACUCCCGAUGGAAGGUAUCAUCGAGUGCAAUGUUAUUCUGGCUAUUGUUGGUGCGUCUACCAAGAUACCGGCAAACCGAUCCCUGGAACAUCUUCUAAAGACCGUACUCCAAAUUGCAAUCCUGUGCCUACCCCUAGCAGACCCAUGAAGGGUUGUCCCGAGCAAAAGAAACAAUUGUUUCUGAGAGAUCUGAUGGACCUGAUGCAGAAGAAGAUGAAAGCCUCUGGAACGGAUUCCGACGAGACAACGGCCAAAUGGCAAGCUUCUAAGGAGGAGCAAGUAGCCACUUGGCAUUUCGUUAUGCUCGAUAAAAACAAAAACAAGGUUCUGGAGAGGAAAGAAUGGAAAAGUUUUCGUACAAUGGUGGCGAACAAUAGCCGGCUUCAAAGAUGCGGCAAAAGAUUGCCCAGGUACUGUGAUAUCAACAACGACAGGAGGAUCAGUAUGACGGAGUGGCUCAGUUGCCUGAACGCGCAACGCCCAUCGCCGUCCGACAGCACGGAAAAAGCAUCGACGAGCAAACCGAUAAGGUUGGGUCCUAAUCCAUUGGAUCAACUUCUUAAGAACGACGACGAUUAAGAAUCUAUGUGAUAUAUGUAUAUCGUGUAUUCGUCAUUUCAUCGAUAUGUCCUUAGUUAUCAUUCAUUUAAUACAUUGAUCGUAACACGAGCGAAUGGAACUGUUAAAGGAAAUCCGGUUACAGUCAACAGAAUUUUAUUUGUAUUUUUUUAUAUCCGGUGAUAAAAUACCAUUGUCACAUCGUUUUUACUUUGAUAUAGAUGAUAUUUAUCUGUACCUCACAGAUUGGUAGAUUCGAUAGUGUUAUUUUAGGAUAAUAACGAAGCGUAGUUGUAAGUAUAAAAAUAACGAAGUAUUACGGACGCACGAUCGUGUACAUAUUUAAUAUUUUCUUCUCUCGGUGCUACGCACGAUACCGCUUUCUCAUGACUACGACGAUGCGAACAGUGAAAUUAAGUCGUACCAUUUGUCGAUUCCACGGAACUCUCGCUAGCUGUCACAUGUUUGUUGUACGCGUACAACUGAAAAUUUCAUCACGACUUAGACUUAGACGAUUUAGGCUUAUACAUUUAUAAGAUAUCAUCUUACGUAGGUUCUAAUCUUAUCGAAUCGAAGAAAAUUGUAAAAUUGAAAUUUGCUUAUUGAAAUAAAUCUCGUCUUUAACAUGACACUGAAAUAGAAUUCAUGAUACAACUA